AUGUCACCUUCCACUGGUCUCAUUGCUUGUGAGCAGUGCGGCGAGACGUUUCUGCGCAAGGAGCACCGUGACCGUCAUGCCCUCCGGCAUUCUGGGCUCAAACCAUUUCGCUGUGACAUCUGCAAUCGAGCGUUUCCACGAAGAGACUCACUAUUGCGCCACUGGACCAAUCAUCAUUCUCAGGGCGACUUGUCAGAAAACAACAGGCGUGCUGCACAAGCAUGCAUCCGCUGUGCCAGACUUAAACAACGAUGCGAAGGCGGUCGUCCCUGUCGUCGAUGCAUGCGGCAAAACAGUCUUUGCGAGUACCGCCCAGACAGGAUUUUGAAUGAAGAAGGAGUACAAGCCCUGCAAUCAACUGACGUAGGGGAUGUCGAUUCUGGUUCCCAAGCAACGCAAAAUUAUUCUGAUGUGGAACAACAUACAGCGAUUAGCACCGAAACUGCUACGCACCCAGACUUUUCUCCACAGGCGUCGUGGUAUCGUCCUGCAGAGAUGAAUCAACCACUCGUGAUAGGAAACCCGACAGAGUUGACACCGCCAAUGUCCCACGAAUCCUGGAACAUAGACAACGGGUCGGCCAUAAGCAGCUUGCCCUCCGUAUUGGACCUACACGAACCUACAUUCCUGGACUUUGUCGACGCUGGAAGAUCAGGAUUUGCCUUCUUGUCAGCAAAUACGGUCUACCAAUGCCCACCACUGGACCUGUUUCAUGCUGAGGCAGUCACAUGCGAUGGCCAGCCGCAUCAACUUCCUGGAAAUACGCCUUCUUCGAGCCACCCAAUCAAUGAAAGCCAAAUGAGUAUUAUGGGUGCAUCUCGAGAUGCUAAUCAUGCUACGUCCCUCUCAGAAUGCCCAUUCGAUCCGCUUACACUUUCGCCACGUAAACAUCUUCCUUGCCUCGAAUUCCCUCCACCGCCACCAGAUCUUGUCCAAGCUACCCAGGCUGAAAUGUUUGGACAUGUUGCCAUGAUCUCAGAUUAUCACAUUGAACCUUUACAUAUAUUUUACACGCAGCAACGAGGUUGCGAAGCAUCUCCAUUUAUUAGCACAGACGUUCUUCAUGCAUUUGUGGAACUUUAUUUAGAAUAUUUCGAUCCAAAGUUUCCAUUUUUACAUCACACAAAACUGAGAGGAACUGGCCUGCAUUGGGUUGUUCUAGUGGCUGUUGCAGCCAUUGGAAGCCAGUACUCAGCAAUACCAGCUGCUAAAGAGUAUGGUUUGGUGCUUCAGGACCUGUUGAGUCGGGCUCUCCGAGAUCAUGCAAUACAAAACAAGGGAGUGGACACUGCCUUUGUACAAAGUCUUUUUCUACGCCAUGUUCUACUUUUCUUCUCAGGAAGCAAAUCAUUCCACGUUAUGUUGCAGUGGGAAAGAAGUAUGCUCGUUGACGCCUUGAAGAAUAGAGCUCAUCAUGACGACCUAAAUCAACGGAGUCAUGAUAAAACUGACCGCGAAAGAAAUGAAGACUGGCGCGCCUGGCUAUUGUCGGAAGAAAAGGCUCGCCUUAUUCAUUGUGUUCACGCGUUGGAGUGUCUUGAGUACGUGUUCCUUGACCAACCACCAUUGUUCAAUCUUGCGGAUUUGGUCCAAGAUCUGCCCUGUAACGAAAGCCUAUGGCAGUGCCAGACGGCCAUGGAAUGGCGGCAAUGUUUGAACCAGAGCUCAGACUCACCAGCCUGCCAACCUGUUGCGAAUGCUCAGUCGGCAUUGGCUCAAGAUUCGUCGCAACUAAUGACUUUCGCGAUGAGAACAUAUCCACUCGAGCUCUAUGUUGAUGAUAGACUGCGUGGCCACCACAUGCGAUCAUCAAGGAGACUGCAAUCAAUGUAUGUGAGAGAAGACGUGCACGGAGAUGGCAUUCUAAACUCACCGCAGGUUUCCUUUGAAACCUCUUCAAUCGUGGAUAAGGUCAUUGACGAACAAGCAUAUGCAAAACUGGGUAGAAUACACACGCAAGAUCUGUUGAUCCAUGUUCUGGCAAUUUUGAGACAUGUUCCUCUCGUAAGGCUAUACCAUGCUAUCGGAUGGCAGACAGACAAGGCAGAGAUGGAAAAGUCGCGGUCUUGCCUUGCCAAGAUUCUUCAGAAAGACAGGAAGACAGCUCGCCGUUGUCUCUGGCAUGCAACUACCAUCUUUACAAAGCUGCGUAAUGCUCGGCAUUUUGCAUGCUACGAUACACUCAACUUGUGUGUCGCGGUAUGCUUUCUCUGGUUAUUCGCAAAGUUCGGUAAAGAAAAUCGGGAUCAGUCACGGUUGUCGAGUAUCAUGAACCCGGUAGGGCCGAAGACAUCAGCAGUUCGGGUCGACAAGCUUGCGAAGAAAGAGGAUGUGAGAGAGUGGAUCUUGGCAGGAGACGACACUGAAGUGUACAUUACCGGGAUAGGCUGUUUACAAGGGCCCAAUAGCCACAACAUCGUGCUGCGUGAUGCGGUCAAGAUCCUUACGAAGCAGACGACCUGGUCUGGCUUAUGCCAAAGUUUGGCCAAGGCCUUUGCGCGAAUCAAAAACGAUGAGAUGGUGGAUUUGGAUUCAGAAUAA